UUUCUAACGCCCCCGACCCAUUUCUCUCUCUUUCUCCCCCAAUUCUUCUUCUAGGGUUUCGCUCCGAAACGACGUCGCCUCCUUCACCAUGACGGCGACGCCCCCGGCCGUUUCACCCUCCCGCACCACCUGCGCUUCUCUCCUCCACGAGCUCCAGAUAAUUUGGGACGAGAUUGGGGAGAGUGACAGGGAGCGUGACACCAUGCUUCUCCAGCUGGAGCAAGAGUGCCUCGACAUCUACCGCAAGAAGGUGGAGAUGACCAGAAAGUACCGGGCCGAGUUGCACAGGUCCCUCGCCGACGGCCAAGCUCAAAUCGCCGCCAUCGCCUCCGCUCUCGGCGAAGCCACUUCGUUUUCCCGGGCUAGAGGGACUCUCCGGGACCAGAUUUCUGCUGUCAAGCCUGUUUUGGAGGAAUUGAGCUUGAAGAAGCAAGAGAGGGUCAAGGACUUUUCGGUCAUUCAGUCGCAGAUUGCCAGGAUCUCGUCGGAGAUAGCCGGCAACGGUGUGGCUGGGAAUGCCGGUGAGUAUGCCGGAGUGGAUGAGACGGAUUUGACUCUGAAGAGGUUGGGAGAGCUUAAGUCUCACCUUGAGGAGCUUCACAAAGAAAAGGCUUUGCGGUUACAGAAAGUCAAUAGUCAGGUCAAUAUCAUCCAUGACCUCUCGGUGGUAAUGUCAAUUGAUUUCUUUGAGACGCUCAAUGAAGUCCACCCGAGCUUGACUGAUCAGUCCGCCACUCAUUCCAAGAGCAUCAGCAAUGACACUCUUGCUAGAUUGACGGCGCUGACCAGCUCUCUGAAGCAAGAGAAACAGCAAAGACUGCAUAAGCUACAAGAGCUGGGAAGCAAACUGAUAGAAGUAUGGAAUCUAAUGGAGACACCGACUGAGGAACGGAACAAAUUUGACCAUGUUACGCGCUUAAUUACUUCCUCAGUUGAUGGGCUAUCAAGGCAUGGUUGCCUUUCUCUUGAUGUCAUUGAGCAGACCGAGGCUGAAGUCCAGCGGUUGAAUGUUUUGAAAGCCAGCAAGAUGAAGGAGUUGGUCUUUAAGAGGCAAAAUGAGCUGGAAGAAAUUUAUAGAGGAGUCCACAUGGAUGUAGAUAGUGAUGGAGCUAGACAGAUUCUCACCAGCCUCAUAGAUUCUGGUAAUGUUGAUUUGUCUGAUCUGCUUUCGAGCAUGGAUGAUCAGAUUGUAAAGGCCAAAGAGCAAGCUCUAAGCAGAAAGGAUAUUUUGGAUAAGUUAGAGAAAUGCAAAUUUGCUUUUGAGGAGGACAAGUGGCUUGAUGAGUAUGAAAAGGACGAAAAUAGGUAUAGUGCAGGAAGAGGAGCACACAAAAAUUUGAAGCGUGCUGAGAAAGCCCGGAUUUUGGUUGGAAAAAUACCAUCUAUCAUCGAAAAUUUGAUUGCCAGAGUUAAAGCAUGGGAGAGCGAGAAAGGAGUCCCUUUCUUAUACGACAAGGUUCGCCUGUUACAUAUCGUGGAGGAGUACAGUGCACAACGACAGGAGAGAGAGGAGGAAAAGCGUAAAUCUCGGGAGCAAAAACGUCUGCAAGAACAACAUGCUACCGAACAGGAGGCACUAUUCGGUUCAAGGCCGUCUACAAAGAAGCCAUUGGGUCAAAGCACCAAUGCUAAUACCAAUUUCGGGACCCCAAUUAGUCGUCGUACAGGUACCCCUUUGGGCCGUCAUGGAGUGUCAGCUGGAAAAGAACGCAGAGAAAGUGGGAGGGCCAACAUGACACCUGUUAACUAUGUUGCUCUUCCAAAGGAUGAUUCUAUCUCUCGGAGAAAUUGA